AUGGUUAGGUAUCUAUUGGUAGUAAUUUUUUUCGUCCAAGUUGCCUUUGCAACUGACGACUGUCCGGGAAACUUCGGAAGCGGGUGCAGCUACGGACCUGCCGGUGGCUCAAACGCUGAUCAGUGCGAUACCAAUCAGUGCAAACAACUUGACGGAGGUGGCUUCAUGUACGAAUGCUUCUGCAGUAACUGCGAUAACAAUACGAAUACCUGCACAGCUACAACAAAAACUUCGACGAUUGCUACCACGACCACCAGCAAAGCCACCACUACCGAGAGCACGACAGCUAGCAGUGCGGCAAGUACCACAGCCAGUAGCACGGUCAGUACCACCGCUAGUACCACUGCCAGCACAUCAGCUGCCAGUACCUCCACUACGGCGACCACCAAGACAACUGCUAAUGCAGCUACAACGGCGUCGAGCUGUGGAACGGAUGAUGCAAACUGCGCUGUCUGGGUAUCGAAUGGCUUCUGCACCUCAACCGGGUACACUGCCGCACAGAAACGACAAUACUGCCCGAAUUACUGCGGCCAAUGUGGCGCGACAACGAUUGCGAGUACAAUGGCCAGCACCACUGCGAGUAAAGCUGCAACUAAGACAACCGCCACCACUGCCACCACCGCUACAACAAAAGCGAGCUGCGGGACGGAUGAUGUUAAUUGUGCCACGUGGGUUGCGAACGGUUUUUGCACGUCAUCUGGGUACACAGCCGCUCAGCGUCGGCAGUAUUGCCCGAAUUACUGCGGUCAAUGUGGACCGACGACGACCAUGGCCACCACGAAAACGACAACUGUCGCGACCACGAAGACAACCACCAAGGCCGCCACAAAGAAGACGUGCCCGGCCGAUGCUAGUGCCAACUGUGCUAGCUGGGCGGCCAGUGGCUUCUGCACCAACUCGGCCUACACCCAGGCCCAGAUCGCCUCAUAUUGCUCGUCGACGUGCAAUAUCUGC